UUUUUUUAAGCAUUAAAUUUUUUACUUCAAUCGCGACAGAAUCAGUUGUAGGGCUGAGAGAGAGGUUUGUUGCAGCUCUGUUUCUGAGAGCAGCGGGUAGCGGGUAGCGGAUCAUUAUUGAUGGCAGAGGGCAGCAGUAAUCUGAGCAGUGCUCCUCCAGGAGACCCGCAGCUCAUCGAGCUCAUAGUGCAGCACCUGAAGAACAGAGGCCUGUUUGAUGAGUUCAGACGAGACUGUCUGGCAGACGUGGACACGAAGCCAGCUUAUCAAAAUCUGCGACAGAAGGUGGACAACUUUGUGUCCAAUCAUCUCAGUACUCAAGAAUGGAGUCCGUCCAUCAACAAGAACCAAGUGAGGAAUGUCUUGAGACGAAGCGUAGUUCAGUCAGGGAUGUUGGAAUCAGGGGUGGACCGUAUCAUUACUCAGGUGGUGGACCCUAAAUUAAACCAUAUCUUCAGGCCACACAUCGAGGACGCCAUUCAUGAUUUCCUAGCCGCAGAGAAGAAAGAAGAGGGUGCAUCAAAUUCAGCCCCUGAUGCUGAGCAACAGGAAAUGACUAGCCACACUGCAGCCAAAACACAAUGAGGUACAAGGAAUCACCAAAAGUGGUCUUUCCGUGCCUGGCUACAGUGGAUGAACAGAUGCUGAGCACUAGAAUAUUGGAAGUUUGCACUAAUUUAAGUUGGAUUGAUUUUUUUUAAGCAUGUUAAAUGAAAGCAGGUUGUACAGUUCAUGCUUUUGAAAUCCGGUUUAGUUCUUUCAGCACAAAAGGACAACUGAAGCUGAUUUGUCCCAAUUAAAAUAAAUCCAUCUCAAAAUAACACUGAUAUGAAAUACAGAGUUUUUAUUUGGACUGAAGUCAGACAGAAAUUAUCCUUUUUAUACAGCUGGAUUUGUGAAAUGCUUCUCAUUUAUUUCUUGCAAUAUCUAAUGGGACUCAAAAGCAGCAUUUCUACAAUAAAUGUAACCUUUUUUAAGAAAAAACAA